AAGUUGAUAGACCUUAUCAGCUAACUACAUCAGUGUUAAACUGACCGUUUGCGACGUACAACGUGUCAUAUCAGGACGCUGUCGGGACGUACAAAAUUUCUCCAUCAAAUGAAUCUAAAAUUGUUUAUAAUAAAGUGUUUUUGUGCCGACAGACUCGAAGACUGAGGAAAGGGCGGGUGGUGGUGUGUGCGCGAUGCGUCACCGGCCGCAGUGGCGGCGCGUGGCGUGCGGCGCGGCGAUGCUGUUCGCGGCCGCGGCACUCGCCACCGCGCUGGCUUGGAACAGCAUCUUCGAGGCCGUCUAUAACUCGCAACUGGCACUGAGCCCGUCGUCGCGUUCGUACAGGGAGUGGGUGGCGCCGGACGUGCCACUCUACCUGGAGAUCUACCUGUUUAACUGGACCAACCCCGACGACUUCCCCCACCAGAAACCUAUCUUGGCGGAAGUAGGACCAUACCGGUUUCGGGAGUACCGACGUCACGUGAACGUGUCGGUGUACCCCAACAACGGCACCAUCGCCUACCGCACCCAGAGGACCUGGCAAUUCGACGAGGACACCAGCGAGGCCAGCCUCCAAGACAACAUCACCAUACUCAAUGUUAUUGCUGCUUCCGCCGCUUUUCGCUCCCGAGACUGGGGUUUUCUGAAGCAAAAGGGGUUGUCGUUGGCUCUGGCGAUGUUCGGCCACGGGAUGUCGGUGUCGAAGCUGGCUGGGGAACUGCUGUUCGAUGGGUACGAAGACCCACUCAUAGACUUGGCCAACAGCCUGCCCCCCAGCGCUCUGGGCGGCGCGCCUAAAGUCGACCGAUUUGGCCUGUUUUAUGGGAGGAACAACUCGAUCGAUACUGACGGGUACAUGGAGGUGACGUCGGGCUCUAGCAGCGAGAUCCCCGGGCAGAUCGUGCGGUGGGACGGACACUCCAGCCUGCCCUUCUACGCCGGGGAGUGCGCUAAGAUGACAGGCAGCGCGGGGGAGUUCAUGCCUCACAACCUGACAGAGAGUGAGCCGCUGACUAUCUUCAUGUCAGACCUGUGCAGGACCGUAUACAUGGACUACCAGGAAAGCGGAACCCUCGAGGGGAUACCUUACCACAAAUAUGUCAUGAACGAAGCUACUUUUGAUAACUCAUCAUCCACCGACCGCAACUCGUGCUUCUGCAACGGCGAGUGCCUGUGGAGCGGCGUGAUGAACGUGUCCGCGUGCCGCUACGGCAGCCCCUCCUUCCUCUCCCUACCUCACUUCCUCCACGGAGACCCGGACCUGCUAGACAAGGUGGAGGGUCUUGCCCCUGAUCCAGACCUCCACACGUUCUACUUUGCUGUUGAACCGCGGCUGGGGAUUCCCCUGGACGUGUCAGCGCGGUUUCAGUACAACGUGUACCUGGAGCCCAUGCCAAAUAUAGCUUUAUACGCGAACGUACCAAAGAUGCUGUUCCCGAUAUUCUGGGUGCAGCAAAAGGUACAGGUAGAGAGCAAGGUGCUGGGCGAGCUGCGCAUAGUGCGCGGGGUGAUGGACUGGGGCGGGACCGUCUGCGCCUGCGCCGCCCUCGCCUUCGCCGCCAUACUCACAGUCACAUCCUGCUGCUCCAGUCACUGCAAGAAGAAGGACGAGAUAGAGAAAGAGAAGGACGAAGCAGAACUCAAAUUGAACCCUAAUAAUAGGAGCUAGAAGGUAGGACCUUGGCGACCUCACCUCCGUGGGCCUACUCACUCUAAUGCUGCUCCAGCCACUGCAGAAAAAAGUAGGAUGAAAUCAAGAAAUCAAGAAAGGAUAAAGCGGAACUGACAUUGAAGCUAGAAGAUUCUAGAUGAAUUGUAUACUUAAUGUAUCUGUGAAGUAAAGCUGAGGACUUGAAUUAGUGCAAUUGAAAUGACAGUAUGCUGUAAGAAAGUAAUUUUAGGUGAUGAAGUAAUUUUUAUACUUUUUAAGAAUAAUUUAAUGUACCUACGGAUCAUAAAGUUAAUAUAUUCCGCUAGGUAUGUUAACUUUAUGGUACGGAUAUUAUGGAAUGUUUCCGAAGUGUUUUUGUUUAGGUUUUGACUUUUGUACAUUAUUGUAGCUGCUACCAAAAUUAUUUUAUAAGAAGAGUAAGAUUUAGGUAUUAUAAUUUUAUUAUAAUAAUCUCGUCAGUCAGGAAAUAUUCUACACGUGUACAAGCGGGUAAAUGAAUUCCGAUGCUGUGAAGGAUACAUUCACAUUAAUAUUUAAUCAUUUUAAACGUAAUUAACAUGUUAAUAUUCGUCGAUAUUAUUUGGCUUACUGAAGAAGCUAUGGUCAAAACCGCGAGACGAGUAGGCUCUAGCACAGAUUACUAAAUAGUUAGCUAGAGUAUGUAGCUAUUAGCAAGUUUUUCCAAUUUAUUUUAUGUUUCUGACCUCUCUAUUAUAAAUAUAU